AUGCCCGUUCCCAGGAAAGCAGAGAAGCUGCCUCCAUACGAGCCCAAUAUCCCCGAACCAACCACUCGGGCGGAUUUUCUCAAAUACUGGAUGCCGUUGUCUUUGGAUGACAAAACGGCACAAAAACUGCUGUGGAUCUCGGAGAAUGGAGCUAAGGUGGCCCGCACGUCUGACGCCGUCUGUCCAUACCCCAACAGACCGGAGCGAUACGAGCAUUCGACACAGGUGCUGUGCAAGGAGGGCCUCCUGGGCUCGCGUGGCUACUGGGAGGUGGACUACGCCGGCUGGGUGGUGAUCGGGGCAGUGGCUGAGAGCGCCCCGCGCAAAGACGGCCCCUGCGGCCUGGGCGAGAACGCCCUCUCCUGGGGCUUAGGCUGGUCUGGCUCCUGCUACCAGGUGUGGCACGAUGGCGAGAACGUGGACGUGGACCUACCCCAGUGCGACACACUCGGCAUCUACGUAGACCAGCCGGCCGGCCUCAUCAAGUUCCUAUUGGUGGAGGGCCAGGGCGAGAAACAGGAAGUGCGGCUGGUACACAAGUUCAAGAUUGACGUGCGGGAGAAGCUCUUUCCUGCCAUGUGGGUGGGCGCAAACUCCUUCUGCCUCAUCCGGAAAAAAGACCUUUGA